AUGGAGAAUCAGCCGCCCUUCGCCAGCAGAGGCACGCCCGCAGCAUUUCCGCCGGCGGGACCUGUUUCGUGGGCGCAGGCUGUAGCUGGGGGCGGCGGGGUGACUGGGGGAGGCGUGCAAGCUGCGACUGGGGGAGGCGGAUCUGCGCCCAGCAUCUGCCCCCUGCGCAUCGUCCUCUCGCACGUGCGCCCCUCGGAACCACCUUUUCGUCCCCCGAGUUCGGCUUAUCCACCGCUUUGCCCGGCCGUUCCCUGCUGCCUCCUCUUUCGCUCCUCCCCCUCGUGCUCCCCAUUCCCCAACUCCCGUGCCUUCGCCCACAACCCCCCUCCUGCCCACAACCCCCCUCCUGCCCACAACCCCCCUCCUGCCCACAACCCCCCUCCUGCCCACAACCCCCCUCCUGCCCACAACCCCCCUCCUGCCCACAACCCCCCUCCUGCCCACAACCCCCCUCCUGCCCACAACCCCCCUCCUGCCCACAACCCCCCUCCUGCCCACAACCCCCCUCCUGCCCACAACCCCCCUCCUGCCCACAACCCCCCUCCUGCCCACAACCCCCCUCCUGCCCACAACCCCCCUCCUGCCCACAACCCCCCUCCUGCCCACAACCCCCCUCCUGCCCACAACCCCCCUCCUGCCCACAACCCCCCUCCUGCCCACAACCCCCCUCCUGCCCACAACCCCCCUCCUGCCCACAACCCCCCUCCUGCCCACAACCCCCCUCCUGCCCAAACCCUUCCACCUCUACUCCAAACACUUCCUCUCCCCCUUCCUCUCCCCCUUCCGCUCCCCCUUCCUCUCCCCCUCCCCUCCCGCCCCCUCCACCUACCCCCACAAUCCGCGCAGCAGUCCCCCUCCCCCCCGCGUGCGCGCCCUCCCGGUGGCGCCUCCGCCAGCCUGCUGGGCGACGCUGCUGCGCUGGCGCGGCGCAGAGCGAGGUUUGGGGAGGUGGCGCCGGGAGAUGGCGCGGAGGAGGGCGCUGGGGGCGCGGGGAAGGAUGGGGGGAAGGGCGGGGAAGGGGGAGAAGAUUUGGGAGGGGGACGAGGGGGAGGACGGGGAGGAGGGGGAGGAAUGGGGAUGGUUGCGGGCGGGGGAGGGGCCACAGAGGAGGGGGAGGGGGGAGGCGACGAGGCGGACUGGCAGCUGGCAGAGGCCGUUGUGGGAACAUGCCCUGACAUGUGCCCUGGUGUCCUCUCCCAACUCCCCCCCCCUUCACAUCGUCUUCCCCUUCCCUCCUCAUCGUCUCUCCUUCUCCACUCUCCAUCCCUCCUCCUUCCUCGCCCUCCCCCACCAGCGCACGAGAGGGAGGUAAGGGAGCGCAGCGGCGCGCUGGACGUGUUUGAGCGCGUCAACGGGGACCGCAGCAGAACCAGUGUGCAGCUGGCCAUCAAGAAGUAUUCCCGCGCGCCCAACAUGGACCCCUCGUUCAUCCGCCCCAUGCCCGUUCUCCACACCACCAUGGCGCACAUGCUCUCCCUGCUGCACCUCCCCUUCCCCCCCCCGCCCUCCGCGACCAAGGGGGGCGCGGAGGAGGGGGAGAUGGAGGGGGAAGGCGGGGGGGAGGAAGCAGGGGGCGCGGGGGGGCCGGGGAUGCGGCUGCUGCUGCUGCACUCGUUCCUGUGGGAUCGCAUGAGGGCUGUUCGCGCUGACCUGCGCAUGCAGCACCUGUUUGGGCGCGAGGCGAUUAACAUGCACGAGCAGAUGGUGCGGUUCCACAUAGUGGCGAUGCACGAGCUGUGCGAGUACCCCAAGGGCGAGGGAUUCAGCGACGGCUUUGACGCGCACCUGAACAUCGAGCAGAUGAACAAGGCGUGCGUCGACCUCUUCCACAUGUACCACGACCGCCGCAGCGACCUCGAGCACGCACAAGCGAUGGCGAGCGAGGGCGGGGAGGAGGGGGAGGUGGGGGAGUUGCAGGCGUGUUUGGCGCAGGAGGGGGAGCUGAGGGGGUACUACCUGCUGCUCAAGAUCGACCGCCAUCCGGGGUUCAAUUGUCUGUGGCAGCACAAGGCAGAGCUGAGGGGGUACUACCUGCUGCUUAAGAUCGACCGGCUUCCGGGGUUCAAUGUUGAGCCGGCGGAGUUUGCGAGGGAGCUCUCUCUCCUCCCCCACAUCGUCAGGAGCAGCCCUCAAGUCGUCUUUGCUCGCUCCGUUGCAAGGGCGUGUCGAACGCACAACUUUGUGGCCUUCUUCCGCUUGGCUCGCCAGGCCACGUACCUGCAGGCGUGCCUCAUGCACGCGCACUUCAGCAAGAUGCGUGCCAGAGCGCUGGCAGCGGUGUAUGCAUCCAUUGCCAAGGGCCAGCACCUGCCAGCCCUCACACUCGCGCACUGGCUCGGCAUGGAGGUACGGACGGCAGGCCCGGCAUGGAGGUACGAGCUGCUGGCUUGGCAUGAAGCAAAGGCCAGAAAAGCUGCAGGCGCUGGUGGAGCACAUGGCUUGGGAGGGAAGCUGCAAACAAUCACUCACUUCCCCUCCUUUCCCCUCUCUCCCUCAUUCUCCUCCAACUCUCGCCUUUUUCCUCCCCACCAAUCCUCCCUGCACCAGCAAGAGCCAGAGAAGCUGCAGGCGCUGGUGGAGCACCACGGCUUGGCGCUGCACCCUUCAGACGCCCCUCCAGAUGCCACCUUCCCAGAUACAGCCUCCCCCGCAGCCGCCCUGCUGGCCGGGAGCUGCCUGGUGAAGGGUGCACCCUUGGUGCAGGCUGGGACGCCCAUGCCUCCCUCCUCGUCUGCCCUUGUGCGCAGCAAGCAGAGCCGGUUUAUUGAUGAUGUCAUUGCUGAGGUCAGCAGUGGGGCGGGAGGAGGGGAGGAGACGGGUGGCGGGCAGGCACAGGUGAAGAGGCAGGAGGAGGAGAGGAAGGCGAGGGAAGAGGAGGAGAGGCAGCAGAGGGAGGCAGAAGCAGCGGAGAGGGAAAGGAGGGAAAAGGAGAGGGAGGAGCAGGUGAGGCAAGAGAGAAGAAGGAAAGAGAUGGAAAUGAGGGAGAGGAUUCUGAAGGAGAGAGCGAGGGUGGAGAGGGAGAAGAGGGAAGCGGAGCAGAGGGAGAGGGAGAGGCAGGAGAGCACGAAGAGAGAGCAAGAGAGAAAGGAGCAGGAGAGGAGGCAGCAGGAGGAGGAGGAGGAGAGGCAGAGGAGGGCUAGGGAGGAGGAGGAGAGGGAGCGGGCAGCGUUGGAAGAGGCGGGGCGGAAGGCGAGGGGUGUGUGGCUGCGGCGCGUUGUGAGGAGGUGGAGGCAGAAUGCUGCUCAGAUGGGGCAGCUGAGACGGCUGCGCCAGCUGGCAGUCAGUGAUUGGCAGCUGGAGGGCUCGAUUGUUUCGCAGCCGACUGUGGUGGCAUCCAAGCAAGCCCCGCACAAGCGGUUGCGGGGAGCAGCAACAUGGGGAGCCCCGGCACUGGGCAGGGCAAGCGCCGAGCGUGGGGUUGGUACAGCAGGUAGCCGGCGUGGCGUAGCAGCACCCAGUGCCGAUGGCCCCAGGUUCCUGCAUCCAUCUGCUUUAUGGGGGAAAGCCGGCUUCGCUGCUCCCACUGCCUUUGGUGCGCCGUGUCCCCUGGACGUGGCACGGCUGGUGGGCGGUAGGCUUGCGGGCAGACAAGUGCCAUCCAGCAGCGCUGGGCCGCUGCUGGGUGUGCGCCGAGUGGUUUCGUGGAAGCUUCUUGUGUGCUGGCCAGAGCGCGAGUCACAGGACACGCCAUCACCACUCCGUCACGCCACACACUGGCUCUGCAGCACCCUCUCUGCCCCCUCCCACGCCCUCAACGCCCUCCAACACCACACAGAACCGCACACCAUACCUCACAGCAGUGCAGCAACCGCCCCGGUCCCCAACCCAGAGAAUGCCCCCACAUCUGCCUCGCAGCCCACUGACCCCUCAUUGCUCGCCUGUUACGUGGCUCCCAUGCCACACCGUACUGCAGCAGGGGAGGCAGCACCCAAGCUGCCAGGUGGUGCAUCAGGUGCUGCUUCAGGUGAAAUCACGCGAGCAGGAGGAGCAGGGUCAGAAUCCGACUCGCUUUUCUGGCUCGUGGUGAGGAGGGUCUCGGCAGAAGCGCAGGGAGGGGAUGGUGGAAGGUUCCUGGAAGGAGCCCAGGCGAUGGUGUGUGUUGUGGACGGCAGCAGCAAUGCAGGGCCCCAGGUGCAGCGCAUCAACCAGGCCCUGGCGUCGCUCCCUACCUCCCUCCCUCCCAUCCCCCUGCUGCUCCUCGUCCUGCCUCCCCACCCGCCACCACCAUCAUCAGCAGCAGCAGCAGCAGCAGCAGCAUCCAUGUCUCUCUGCACAGGCCCCUGUGCCCCUGUGCCCGUUCCCUCCUCCUUCGCCUCCCUCACCCUCUCCCACUUCCAACCCCCCUCCACCCGUCCACCACCCUCUCGUUCCUCCCCUCCAGCCCCGCGCCUCUCUGCUCUCCGCAUCCUCCCUCUUGGCCGAUCUACUCCCCCUCAACCUGAUGACCUGGCUUCUCCUGAUUGGCCUGCCAAGAUUGCCCUGACAAGUGGCCUGCGGUGGUUGGCCGAUUCCUCCCCUCUGCCACCUCAGCUUGCUCCAAUCCCCCUCCGCGAUCUCGUGCUGCGCCACCUGUCACCACGUGUCACGCGGCUAUUGGUCGUGGACCCCUCACUGGUGCGGCCACAGGAGUGCAUCACUGAGUUCAACGCCAGCCUGGACAGCGCGGCCAGUGACGUUGCGACAGCUGUCGCGGCCUCACCCCCUGGCAGUGGAACCCCUCUGCCUGAACUGCCUGCUUUGCUGCAGCUGAUGGGUGGACGUAAGGGUCGGAGACAAAGGGAGCUCAGCGGAGAAAGCGGGGGCAGUGAAAUGGGAGAGAGCAGAAGCAAGGCGGGCAGUGCAGCUUCAGAGGCACCUGGUAGACUAGAGGUCUCUCUGCUAUCCGCCUGUCUGCCUCCUAUUGACUGGAACAGCCCUUCUCGCACCUCCCGCCUUACCACUGCCCUCUCCUCUCUCCGCCUACCCCACUUCCCCGCCCUCCACCUCUCCUCCCCUCAGCAACCCUCCCUCACCUCCCCCUCCUCAUCUCCUUCACCCACCCUCUCUCUGCCGCCCCACCUGUCCUCUCUAGGCCCCCAGCUGCACCCCCAGCUGGCCCCGCUCUCGACCGCACUCAACUCCUUCCUUCGCCUGGUGCAGGGCGAUCAGACCUCCCCAGUGCUUCUGGCGCAACAACUGCUGGCAGAGGGGUGUGGAGUGGUGUGGAGGAGUGGGGCGGAGCAAGGUCAGCCCGGGGAGCAAGGAGGGGCGCAAGGGGGUGCGGGGAGUGCGAGGAGUGCAGGGAGGUUGUGUGCGGUGCCAGUGUGGCCGCGCAUUCUUCUCCCUGUGUUGAUGCGUCGCCUGGAUGCUCUCUUUUCAGACCCUCCCCUCACCGCCUUUGUCCUCGCACCCUCUGCUCCUCCUGCUGCUCACGCUGCUCCUCAUGCUGCUGCUCUCGCCUCCCUUGCUCCCUUGAGCCAAUCCACUGCUGUGGUGCCAGCAGCUAUGGCAGUGGAAGGGGGUGUAGAGGUUGGAGCCAGUGCGGUGGAAAGUGGUGCAGUGGGGUUGGGCAGCAUGCUGCCUGUGAGUGCGCUGACGAGGCAGGAAGGUCUCGUUGGGACGGGUAUGGCAAGGGAGCUCAUCAGAACCAGUGGCAGUGCGUGGGUGGGUGGUGCUGCUGCAGCGAGCGCAGCAAGCGAGGGUGUGAUGGACGACAAUUCAGAGGAAGACGGGGGGAAUGAGGUGGUGUCAUCAGCAGAGCUCCCCCCUUUGCUUGCAGCCCCAGCACCUCCUUCCUUGCCAUACUGGAUUGAGCCAUAUCAAUCUUACGUUAGCAGCAAAGCAUGGCAUGCAAGCAGUGUGCCUAUACCCGGUCUCCCCACGUCCAUCAGCCUUCUCCGCUCCUCCGCCCCUUCCUACGCUGCCGCGGCUGCUUUGGCCCCUCGCACCUCUCUCCUACCAUCCCGACCCACCCCCUCCCCUUCACCCUCCCCUCCCCCUCCUCUGUUGCAGCUUCCUCAUCCAUCCACCCAGGCUGCUCACAUCAACCAACCGCCCCCACACUCCCAACUGCUUCCAGCCCCACACCACGUGCCCCUUUCUCUCUCCCGCACCAAUCACGAGCUCUCUGGCCCCAUCCUGCCUGUGCCAUCCCACAGCCAAUCACAACACAGCCUUGCCCGUCAUCCACCACUUCCUCUUUACAAGCCCGGCUCGGGCUCUGUUUAUAAGGCUGCCACUCAGCACGGGUGGGAGCGUGGAAUCCAAGUGAAGCGAAAGGCACCGGCAAAUGCAUGGAGUGAUGGGUAUGGCGGUGGUGGGCGUGUGGGCCGUGGGAGUGGGAGAGAGGGUGAUGAAAGAGGAGAGGGUGAGGAGAGGGGAGGCGUGGAAAGAAAAGGAAUUGAGAGAGGAUGGGUGGAGAGCGAAGGGAAAGGGAGAGCGGAGCAUUGGUUCGGCCCAGGAGGCAGGAGGCAGCAGCUGAGGCUGGCAGAGGCUGAUGGUCUGGUAGCCAAUGAGAUGCUGCCACGUGGCAUUGUGCGAGCUGCUGACGUGGCUGCUGCAAGUGGUGCUGGUGAGGUUUUUCCACCGGCUGAAGAAGCGGCCAGAUUGGGCAGCCGAGUUGGUGAUGCGGGUGAUAGGCAUGCAAGCGGCAUUGCUGUGGGUCUCAGUGCUGGUGGUGGUGAUCCGGCACAAGGGUUGCUCAGCGCAGGCGCAAACGAGCGAAGAGUGAGAGCGAUGGUGGAGGAACUGAUGAAAAGGAGACAGGUGACAGCAUGA